CUACAGGGAUACUUAGAAACUUCAAAAAGUGUAGUUUUAUUGAAUUUAAUAACAAAAACAUGAGGAAACUAAUGGAAAAGAGUCGAAGGAGAAAUUUAGAUUUUUCAGCCUUUGAAACUUUUUUUAUUUUUUAUUUUUUUCUGAAGAUUCCUAGAGAGAAAAAAAAAGAGGAGACGGCUAGGAUUUUUUAUGUUUAAGUUCACUGUCAUUUUUUUUUUGAUUUAUAAGUUCACUGUCAUUUCAAUAAGUGCAAAUUGAAUGAAUAGAAAAAAUAAAGAUAUUUUAUUUUAAUUAGGAAAAAAAAAAAAAAAAAAAACAGAAAGAAACAGAAAAAACGAGAACCAGACUAAAAUGAAGUAACCGAAUCAUCUUUCUGUUUCUCUCACAACCAUCAACAAUGGUAGCUCACUCUCUCUCCAUUCUCUCUCCUCUCCCUUCCACCUCUUCUUCUUCCUCCGAUUCUCUCUCCUACCCUCAACCUACCCACUUCUUCAAUUUCUCUCGCCUGAACCCUAACUUUCUCUCUCCUCCCCGAGCUUUCUCCGUUUUCCGGCAACCGCCGUCUCCGCCGCUGGAAGAUGAUUCCACGACGUCUUCGCCGGAGCAAUUUUUUCAGAACAACUCCAUCGCUGAUUUCAUGAGGUUUCGUAAAAGCUCCGAUGGCGGUGAUGGUGAAUUGCAGACUGCUGUUGUUGGUUUCCGUAAGAAGUUCCCUUGGUCCCUUUUUCGCCCUUUUCUCAGGGUUGAUUUGGUUUCUACUAUCCACAUUGCAGAUAAAGAAUAUUUUACUAACUUACAGAAGGAACUUGAGCCAUAUGACUGUGUCCUUUAUGAGAUGGUGGCUAGCAGAGAGAGUUUAGAAAAUCGUCGAAAUGCGGCGACGAAAAGGAGGCUUAAAUCUUCGCGCUCACGAGGCUUUAAUAUUCUUGGAUUUAUCCAAAGGCAAAUGGCUCGAAUACUUAUGCUUGAUUUCCAGUUAGAUUGUCUUGAUUACCAGGCGGAGAACUGGUACCAUGCUGACUUAGAUUUUGAGACAUUCAGGGCACUUCAGAUGGAAAGAGGUGAAAGUUUAUUUACCUUUGCAAGAGAUAUGACCCUCAAAUCGACUAAAGCCUUGAUACAACCGGAGAUUCCUGAAAAUCUUGACCCUUGGAGAUCCAAGCUUUUAUGGGCAUCUCGUGUACUUCCUAUGCCACUUGUGGGCCUUCUUAUUAUUGGAGGCAUCUGUACUGAUGUUGGAGGCCAGGUAUCAGAAUACCCUGAGCUUGAUGCUUUGUCUCGGCUUGAUUUUGGUGCUGCAAUGAAGGUUUUCCUGGCGAAGCGUCUCACAUCUGAGUUCACGCUAGGGACAGCAGAUGUGGAAGAAAAAUCAGUUAUCAUUGGUGAGAGAAACAAGGCAGCAAUAGAUGCACUUCAAAAGGCUAUUGAUGAGGGCCAUAAUAAGAUAGCCAUACUGUAUGGCGGUGGGCACAUGCCAGAUUUAGGGAGGCGAUUAAGGGAGGAAUUCGACUUGGUACCUACUCAAGUUCAAUGGGUAACUGCCUGGGCCAUAAGGAAACGAGCUUUACAAAGCAACUCUUUCUCUUUUUUGAGGACCUUAGCUGAGAUCUCCGGCUGGCCAUUAAAUCGUUAUCAAACCUUAGCACUCCUUAUCUUUUCCUCUGUCCUUGCGUUGGAUCUUUGGUUUUGGGAGCUGUUCUUUGGCAGUGCUGCUAAUUGGAUUUCUGAAAUUGCAGCAGAAGCUGGACAGUAUAUAGGCAUUUGACGACUUGGCUUGAUGAUAGAUGGGGUAAGGCUUUGUCGAUGACUGGUAUAUGGGAGGUUCCAUAUGUGCAUGUGUAAAUAUUGCAGUAAGAUACAGUGACCGUUACCAAAAACAAGCAACCAUUCAUCUCAUGGGAGCUAAACUAUGGCAGAAUGCCAAUUUCAUUUCAAUACCUGUACAAUUACAGAGUACUUUUCUCAUUGUACCUCACAUGUAUUCUUUUGAUAGUGUCUAAUAAAUCAAGGUUACCAAUAUUUUAACAA